AUGAAGAUCAAGCGGCUCAAGCUGGUCGCCAAACCACCCGCUGACUCGAUGGACCUGGACUAUGUCGACCCGUCCGACGAACAGAGCGACCCGUCUACCCCGCAGCGCGCCAACAAGAUCAAUCUGAGCGCGCUGCAUAAGAAACUUAACCAGGCAAGAGUGCCUGAUUCCUCUGCACCACCGUCAGCAGUCACAAGCCGCGAAAGACUACCUGCUCUCGAAACUGUGACGCGUCGGCAGCAGGACCACUUGGUCGCACGCAUGUUUCGCGAGAGGCAGGAUUGGUCAAAUCUCAAGCUCAAGAAUGAUCACGCCGCCCGUCCGUUGUGGAUUAAUCCAGACGACAGGACUCUCAUCCUGGAAGCGUUUUCGCCAAUAGCGGAACAGGCGCAGGAUUUCUUGGUUGCUAUCAGCGAGCCAGUCAGCAGGCCUGAGUUUAUUCAUGAAUACAAGUUGACAAUCUAUUCCCUCUACGCCGCCGUCUCAGUCGGCUUGGAGACCAACGAUAUCAUCGAAGUGCUUAACCGUUAUUCAAAGGUACCCGUACCAGAGUCUAUCGCCAAAUUUAUCCACGACUGUACCGUUUCGUAUGGCAAAGUCAAGCUCGUGCUCAAGCAUAACAAGUAUUUCGUCGAAUCGAGUCAUCCAGAGAUUGUACAAAAGCUCCUUAAAGAUCCAGUGAUUCGAGGUGCAAGAAUCACUGAAGAGACAAUGGAGGAAAGUACGGCGAUCGCGCCAAAACCCGCUCCUGCAAAACCUGAGCCAGCAAAGGACGACGAGCAGCAGGCGCAAGAUGUCUUUGCCGCAGUCAUUGGUGCAGAACGAGACGACCUCGAGGAGGAUGAUAUCAAUAUUUCGUUCCAGAUUGCAGACGCUCGCAUUGAUGAUGUAAAGAAGCGAUGCAACGACUUGCAGUAUCCGAUGCUAGAAGAGUACGACUUCCGGAACGACAAGGUCAAUCCGAACCUAGAUAUUGAUCUAAAGCCUGCGACAACGAUCCGACCAUACCAAGAAAAGAGCCUGAGCAAGAUGUUCGGCAACGGACGUGCUCGGUCGGGCAUCAUUGUGCUUCCAUGCGGUGCGGGCAAGACGCUCGUAGGCAUUACAGCAGCGUGUACGAUUAAGAAGAGCUGCCUUGUGCUCUGCACCUCGUCUGUGUCGGUAAUGCAAUGGCGACAGCAAUUCAUGAUGUGGUCCAACAUUGCGUCGCAGCAAAUCUCCGUAUUCACCGCAGACCAGAAAGAAAAGUUUAGCGGUGACAGUGGAAUCGUGAUUAGCACAUAUCAUAUGAUCGCAAAUACGCAUAACCGAUCCCACGAGUCGAAGAAAAUGAUGGACUUUUUGACCGGCCAGGAGUGGGGGUUCCUGUUGUUGGAUGAGGUGCAUGUCGUCCCGGCCAACAUGUUCCGGAAGGUAGUCACAACGAUCAAGGCACAUUCGAAGCUCGGAUUGACAGCGACGCUCGUACGUGAGGAUGAUAAGGUGGUCGACUUGAAUUAUAUGAUCGGCCCGAAGUUGUACGAAGCGAAUUGGAUGGAUCUCGCGAAAAAGGGGCAUAUUGCAAAUGUGCAGUGUGCAGAGGUGUGGUGUCCGAUGACAUCGGAAUUCUACGCAGAAUAUCUGAAGCAGGACACGCGCAAGCGAAUGCUGCUUUACUGCAUGAACCCCGAAAAGUUCCAAGCGUGUCAAUUCCUGAUCGACUAUCACGAGCGACGAGGGGAUAAGAUCAUCGUGUUCUCCGACAACGUCUACGCACUUCAGGCGUACGCCAAACGUCUGAACAAGAUGUACAUCCACGGCGGAACUCCGCAAGUCGAGCGCAUGCGUGUUUUGCAGCACUUCCAGAAUAACCCGCUGACCAAUACCAUCUUCUUAUCGAAAGUCGGGGACACCUCGAUCGAUUUGCCAGAAGCGACGUGUUUGAUCCAGAUUUCGUCGCACUUCGGAUCGAGGCGACAAGAAGCACAGCGGCUGGGUCGAAUUCUGCGGGCCAAACGUCGCAACGACGAAGGGUUCAAUGCGUUUUUCUAUUCACUGGUGUCCAAAGACACUCAAGAGAUGUAUUACUCGACAAAGCGGCAGCAAUUUUUGAUCGACCAAGGUUACAGCUUCAAAGUGAUCACCGAGUUGGACGGGAUGAAGAGUAUGCCAAAUCUGGUGUACAAGACCAAGGACGAGCAGAUUGAGCUGAUGCAAGAGGUGCUCACGGCCAAGGAUUCGGAUGCAGACCUGGGUGCGGACGUUCAUGGUGGCGAAGAUGAUCUGGCAGGGACGGUCACGAGCAAACACUUCGGGUUCCCUGGUGGAGCGAAGCGGACCACAGCAAGUUUGGCCGGGGUCAGCGGUGGGUCGCACAUGAGUUACCGCGAGACGAACAAGAGUGCGAACCGGAUGAUUGGCAAAGAAGGGGCGCCCAGUGGGAGUAGUACACCGGUCCGAAAUAAGCUAUUAUAG